GCCUUCGUGGAAAUCCUCGCCUUCGAGUGGCCUCUGCAGAUGUUCCAGGACUUGGUGCGUGCUGUGGUGGAUGUGGCUGAUGCAAAGGUGGUGCACAUUCAGGAUGCCACGGACAUGGAUGUGGCGGCGGACGUGGACUUCUGGCAUCUGCUGGGCCUGCUGCAGCUCCUGCGCUGCGCGAACCAGCUGCCCGCGCAGGAGCAGCGCUUCGGUGAGCUGACGAGACGGGGAUGCCGGGUGCCUGAGAGCGACUUCGUGCUGGGCGGCAUCGACAAGUGCGACGCCCAGGCAGAUUGGCUUCGCUGGAAGACCGGAGCGGGAAGCGCUGCCCCGGAGCAGCUGGUGCUGAAAGACAAGUUCCAGGUGGGCCCGGGCUUCACGGCGUUCCUGGCCCACGGCAGUCUGGUGCCGCCCUCCUUCCGCCAGCGCUGCCUGGAUGCGGACCUGGACGAGCUCAUCUCUAGGUCCAAGCCGUUGCAUUGCGCGGUGCCUCGAUCCCCGGCGCGGAAGCUGCGUGUGGCGGCGGUCACCGGGUUGCUGGCAGCCAAGGGCCGUUUGUUGGUGGCCCAUUUCGUGCGGGAGAGGGGCCGGGGCGCCGGGGUGGCCCGGGAGUUCCUGGCCAAGGCUGCGGAGGUCCUGAUGACCGCCCGGAGCGGCGCUUCCAUGGAGGAGGGCCAGCCGCUCUGGGACUACGAAGCAGAGUCCAGGACCUUCUGGUUCGCCGAGCUGCCGCCCAGCAAAAGCCGCCGCCGCCUCUUCGAGGCCUGCGGCGUGCUCUUGGCGCAGGCCCUCGUCACGGGCACGCGGCUGCAGGUCUCCUUCCCUCCAGUGCUCUACAGCCUGCUGCUGAGGCAUCUAGGCGCUUCUGCGCCUGAGCCCGGGCUGGAAGAGCUGGCCAUGGUGAGGCCCUGUCUGGCCAAGGGCCUGCAGCAGCUCUUAGAGUACCAGGGCCCGGACGCGGGGGAGGCAGACCCUGGCUCGGGCGACCCCUCCUCGCGAUCGUCUCCUUCGCUUGGGAGGUAG